AUGACCUUUCUUGCAGAUGGCCAUUCAGCAAACGAACGUCUCUUCAGCAAUGUCGGCAAGUUGACUCCACCCAAUAGCCUCCUUGUACGCCAAGGAUGUUUGCUGCAUGAGUGCAACCACGUGCCCGAAGUUGCCUUCAAGACAUUGGGAGAUCUGGCCUACAUGUUCUGCACAUCAAGCUUGAUAACGAAUGGCUCAAUCUAUUACGAUUUGUUGCUGCAUGCCCGUCGUGUACUGGAGACAAAAUUGAAGAUCGUUUAUUCACCGUCUGAAACUGAGCUCAUUGAAUACCAGGGUCAAGGUAUUUCAGACGUAUAUACCAAGCCAGUACAAGACAAUACCAAUAAGGAUUAUGUUGGAGGUGUGUGA